AGAGAGAGAGAGAGAGAGAGAGAGAGAGAGAGAGAGAAGAGGCGGCCAUCUAUAAAUACGCCCUCUGCGCACGAAAUUUCCUAGCUCCUCUCUGUCCCUCUCUCUCUCCUGCAAAACUCAGAGCUUCCACGGCAGAAGAAGAGGAAGAAUAAGGAGCGUCGUCGGCAGCGGCAGCUAUGGGAGGAGGCAACGGGCAGAAGGCCAAGAUGGCCCGCGAAAAGAACAUGGAGAAGCAAAAGGCCGCCCGAGGAAGCCAGCUCGAUUCGAACAAGAAGGCCAUGACUAUACAAUGUAAGGUUUGCAUGCAGACCUUCAUAUGCACCACCACAGAGGUUAAAUGUCGGGAACACGCCGAAGCAAAACAUCCGAAAUCGGACCUCUAUGCAUGCUUCCCUCACCUCAAGAAGUGACAAAUAGAAGCCCUGUCUGCUGUGGACCGGAAUAAAGAUGGCUUUGAAACUUCAUACCUUGCAUACUUCUAUUAAAUUGUGAUCGUAUGUGAAGCUUUUGUGAGGCAAUCCUUUGUGCAAACUCUUUCGGGGCAUUCAGCAGCUUUAAAAAGUUUGUGUGUAUAGUAUGUGGCUAUAUAAGUGUGUGACGUCUUUCUCUGUCUCAAUGUUGAUUACAUCGUGCUACAAUUGGGGAUAAA